AUAUAAAACACCAACAUAAAAAAACAAUCUGCUAUGUGUUUUUGAUCAAGAAAGAGAAAAAUUUUGAAGAUAUAUUUUUGAAAUCAGUAAGAACUAUUUUCGUAGAUAUUUCUAUGCUACAAAUCUUAUUGGAAAAAUAUAACACAUUUAAAAAACAUGAGAAGCUGUGAGGAACAGAAUUCAAUGCAUAAUAAAACAUACGACACUAUUUUUCACCAAGUGGGCUUAUGCUCUUGUGAAAACGCUGAUCACCAAACGCAGCAUUUCAUCAUUGCAACGAAUGCAUUGUGUGGGGUUAUACUACUGGUAAAUUUAGUUUUGAUAACGAUGAAUUGGAGAUGCUGGAAGUUAAGAAAAAAGCCAAGCAUCAAGUGUUUUAUGAAUUUGCAAGUUUCGCAUAUAUUACUGGCUGCAUAUGUUAUCUCCUCCAAUCAUUAUCAUCAGGAAUUUGAAACUUCAUUCAGCAACGCAAUUUUACUGCAAACCUUCUUGAGUCUAAUCAUUACCACUAUAGAUAGAUAUAUCGCUAUUAGAUAUCCAUUCAAAUACCGAACAUUGCGUACAAAGCAGAUUGUUGCUAUUCUUCUGCUGUCUUGGAGCUUAUCAAUUUUAUUCUUUUGUGUUGCCAUUAAUGUUAACGUAACGCUUAAACAUCUCACGGUUACAUCUACCAUUUUAAUAAGCGUAUCAAUUCUGGUGUUAAUGGGCUCAAACAUCGUCAUAUUCUUUAUCGCUCGAAAGCAUGAAAAAAUAAUAAUCAACACUGAGUUAUACGGUAAAAACAUUAAACGGAAAACUUCUGUUGUGAGUUCGAAAUCAGCAAAUAUCUGCUUUGCUUUGGUUGCAUCAUUUAUGCUACUGUGGCUUCCCUAUUUAAUACACAACAUUUUAAGCUUAAAAGGCACGUAUAUUCCAGAUGACUGCAAAAGCCUAACGCAAUGGGUGGAAGCACUUGGACUUUCUAAUUCUAUGAUUGAUCCUAUUUUUUUCGUUCUGUUUAGAAGGGAUGUAAAAAAUGCUUUUCAUAAUAAACUAUGUUGCUUUCGCAGAAAGAAAAGCUUGGCUACGUCCAUAUAUAACGUUCCCAGAUGAAUAUGUGUAUGUAAUGUGUAUGUAUGUAUGUAUGUAUGUAUGUAUGUAUGUAUGUAUGUAUGUAUGUAUGUAUGUAUGUAUGUAUGUAUGUAUGUAUGUAUGUAUGUAUGUAUGUAUGUAUGUAUGUAUGUAUGUAUGUAUGUAUGUAUGUAUGUAUGUAUGUAUGUAUGUAUGUAUGUAUGUAUGUAUGUAUGUAUGGUGCAGGAUGUGUUAAUUAGUUUUUUUUUACUACAGUAUGCGAUUAAUCAUAAAUACCUUACUAAAUCUUCAUUUUUCUUUAACUUUUAAAUUAAGAAAACGCAACCGUUAUAUUAAAAAUAACAGUAAUGCAUUGAUUUUAAACAUCAUGUAAUGUUGAGAUUUUGUUUUAAACUAGUCGGUGGCCCGCGGAAAAAUCUACGGGUUCGCCUGUUCUUUUUAUACCGCAUUGGGGUAUGGGUAUUAUAAGAUAAGUAAGUUGACAC